UAGCUGGGCCGCUGUGUCAAACGGUUGACAUCCAGUCGAGAGAAUAAAAAGUCGGGAACUCGCGCGUCAGUUACUCAUUCUUGUUUGCGCUUUCCAAGUGUGAGUAUCUCAGUCCACAACCUCAGAGAAAUUCUACCAUCAUGGCGACUGCUUGCGUACAGGACCUUCCUCCAUUCUCGCCGCUGUUGUUGGAAGAUGCGGAAACUUGUGGGAGCAGAUGUCCCGACAGCAGUUAUGCCGCCAAGCCGACAGAAUCUGGAGCCAAGAAAGGUUCCAAGCGCAGGGACAGAAGCAAGAGGACGGCAGGAGGAGACGUGGCGGGUCGGAGACUCCGGAUCAACUUCUCGGCGCAGCAGCAGUCCACCCUGGAGGCGAUGUUCGCCCAGAACCGCUACCCUGACGCCGACACUCGGGACCGCCUCGCACAGUCACUCGGGGUCGCCGAGUCCAGAGUUAUUGUGUGGUUCCAGAACAAACGCGCUCGGAGUCGCCGCCAGGACAAGGGCCGUCUUGCCCAUCCCCCAGCCUCCAACCCGCCAGCCUAUCCGCCAAUGCCGGACAAGUCUCCCGACCAGACCUACCCGUACCCCGAGUCGUACAGCCAGUCGUGCCCCACCAUGUUCGCCUCCUGCGCUCUGCAACGCCCCAAGACCGUGCACCACUUUCCCGCCAACCCCAGCUGCAACCCCGCAGCUGCACCGUCCCAGUCCCGCCGCUGGGCGUCCUCACGACCGACUAGUGACGUCACUGCGACCACCUGGUCCACGCUCACCGUGUCGUCUGCAGGGAGGUUCUACGACUGCCAACCGACGCAGUUCCGAGGCAGACAGCUGUCAUCUUCCCUGUCGGCCAUCGAGGAGAACGGCAGCGACGACGAGGUGAAAGACUUCGGCGCCAUGCACGACGAGUCCCGAUCGCGCAUCUCCAUCCCUACCCUCCAGGGCCCGCGAAUCAGAGCCCCUCUCGCAGCUCUCAGCACGCUCAACUUCAGUACCGUGAAGGAGUUAGCCAUCCAGGUGCCACAUCCCGGCGGUGCGGGGCCCUACAGCCCCAUCUCCGAGCCUGACGACAGCCUAGCCGCGCUGGAAGUCUUCAGACCGAGCUCCGCCCGAUCCGCCGCGUCUACGCCGACGUCUGACCUGAGCGAGCCCGUAGACUUUGCCAGCCUCCCGUCACCGGCAGCGCUCGUGGACAUGUACGAUGUAGUCGACGAGCUGAAAGAUUUCUUGACACAGUAUCCCUUGUUCUGAAUGAACACGAUGUAGUAAUGAUUGUACAGCUUUUUUUGUUGUAAAAACGAAAUCAUUGUAUUCAUACUUAAUACUCGUACUUUUGGCAUUUGUUUUCGUCGA